AUGACUCAGGAAGAAUUGGAGGAUAAUGAAGAUGAACUGAACGAGGAAGAGGAACAAGCUAUUGGCAUGGAUAGGCAGCAGAGACUGGCUGAGUGGAAAGCCACCCAACUGAGGAAUAAAUCUGGAGAAGUUUUGGAGACCUCAGGAAGGAUUAUGUUCAGGAAGUUACCAAGCUGGAGAGGGCUUGUGGGUGACCCUGUACCUUCACAAACAAGGGAUUCCCCUCUCUUCCCUGAGAAACUGGCCUUCAGUGGGCUGGCCAGGAAGCUUCCUGAAGUCAAGUUUACCAAGGCCUUUCCACAGCCUGACACCCAUUAUCCUGAUAGGAAUCUGCCCACAAUAUUUGUUUACGUUGAAGGUGCUAUCAAGGCUCAGUUUAUGGCACUUCUAGUGUUUGGUGACAUGAACCUGACAAUAGAUGAAUUGUCUGAGUCUGUAGCAAUCAAGACAGACCUGGAGGAAAACCUUAAGAAGCCAGUUGAAGAUGCCUGCCUGUUGGGGCGCAGCUCCGUGCCCAUGAGCCGGGGCAGCGAUUCUGAGGCUGACUGA